AUGGAUGUUGUGACUCAGCGGCUGGAGCAGCUGGACAAGGACAUUGCCAAGGCGACUGCAGAUGCCAACCAAGCCUGGGACGCAUACCAGCGAGAAACAGAUCCUCGACAAGAAGCCAAAUUCGAGAAGAGGUGGCAGCAGCUUGUGAAGGGAGAGGAAGAUCUCCUCGCAGAGAGAAAGGCUCUCGCAGCUCAGCUUACGGGCCCAGUGCUGCCACUGGUGGAGCAGCUGCAGGCAGAUGUGAAGACGUUGGCCAGGGGCCAGGUGUUGCAACGCCUUCUAUUCGCAGAGGCCUUCCCACUUCGCCGAAGCACCCAGCCAUCAUAUUCAUCGGCUUCAGGAGCCUCAGGCACUAAGCGCAAGCAAGAAAAGGAGCAGAGGCAACGGGUGGAGACGGCCCGCAGGAAGUCAGAAAAGAAGGCCUUUGACAGAGCUGUGGAGGAUUACUACCAUGUGGCACCCGAUAGUGCACAGCUGGCAUGCAUGGUGCUUCACUGUGAACUGCGGCGCGUGCUUAUGUGCCAUGCGCACAUCUUCCCCAAGGCCAAGCGCGAGUCGAUGUUUGAUUGGCUGGGCGUGAGCGAGGUGCAUGCUGGCUGGAAUGGCCUUCUGCUCGGCAAGCCGAUUCGGGUGGUGUUUGAUGAGGGUGGCCUAUGCUUCACAAAGGCUGGUGAGGAGGAUGUCCUGCGGGUGCGUCUGCUCAACCCAGACCUGACUGGGCAGAGUCUUGGAGAGGCUUUUGAUGCUAUCCUGGCGGGUGACGCCUCGUACAGUCCAGAUGAUGUACCGGCUGAUGUGCGGGCGAUGACCUUCCAGGACCUUGAGGGGCGGGAGUUGCAAGCGCCUUACCUGCCCUAUAGGAGCCUGGCGCUGAGGCUGGACGAUGUGUUUGCUGCCCCAGACCCAGUGGCAGCCCUGCAUGCUUUCCUCAGAGAGCCGCUGUUCCAUGUGCUCAGCAGCGGCGGGGCAAGGCCGCAUGUGCCAGAGACCUACAAGCAAAUGUAUGCCAUGCUGUUUGCUACAUCAGGCGUGGAGCACACAGCAAACCACCUGACCCACCGGCUACGGCACACAUUCUCAGAGCGCAUCAAGGAGGGCCCUCGCUCAUUGGAGGAGCUCAUCAUCUGA